GUGGAAAAUCACCAAAUCAAGUCGGGUGAAAACAAACUUUGUGGCAAUUUCCAGUUUAUUCCCUGUUUCUCUUGGGACUGCAGCUCCAAUUCAGGCAGUGGCCGCAAUAGAAAACGCUGAAAUAAAGACAAUGUUCUUGUAUAUCCUCGGACUGGUGGCUGUUUGGUACCUCUAUCGCUGGUACAAAGAAAGCAAAAGAGUUCCCAACAAGGGGGACAAAUAUGUGUACAUCACUGGCUGUGACUCAGGGUUUGGGAACACCCUGGCCAAACAUUUGGACAAGCUGGGCUUUUGUGUGAUUGCUGGCUGCUACACGGAGAAGGGUGAAACUGAGCUGAGGAAGGUCUCCUCCGAAAGGCUGACGUCCAUUUCCCUGGACGUCACCAAGUCUGAAAGUGUUAAAAAGGUGGCAGCUUCCAUUAAGACUCUUGUUGGAGAGAAAGGUCUAUGGGCUGUUGUAAACAAUGCUGGAGUUGCCACGCCGUCUGGUCCCAUAGACUGGCUCACCAUUGACGAUUACAAAUCCAUGCUAGCCGUCAACCUCAAUGGAGUGAUCGACGUCACUCUGAGCGUGCUCCCUCUCAUCAAGAAGGCCCGGGGCAGAGUGGUAAAUGUAGCUAGUGUGUUCGGGCGAAUCAGUCCAUUUGGGGGGCCUUACUGUGUGUCCAAGUAUGGAGUGGAGUCCUUUAAUGACAGCCUGCGUUUAAACAUGGCACCGUUUGGAGUCAAAGUUUUGUGCAUUGAGCCAGGCUUCUUCAAAACAAGCGUGACUGACACUAUGAUGCUGAAAAACCACUUCAAGAACCUUUGGGAAAGAUUACCUCAGGAUAUGAAGGAUGACUAUGGGCAUACUUACUUGGAGACAUGUCUCGAACAGCUGGAUGAAAGGUUCAAGCAGCUUCGAGACAGCGACCUGAUGAAGGUAGUCCACUGUAUGGAGCACGCCAUUGCCUCCAUCCACCCUCGCUACCGCUACUCCCCAGGAUGGGAUGCCAAGUUCCUCUGGUUGCCCAUGUCAUACAUGCCCACUUGGAUUACAGAUAGAUUUUUCCUUCGAUACAGUCCCAAACCCAGAGUAUCUAUGAUUUGAGAAGCAUCCUGUGUGUGUUAUUUUCACAACAGUAAAUGUUAGCUUUUGCACGUCUGUCAAAAUUUGUCAACAUUCUUUACGUCUCAAGCUCUGUAGUGAUCUGUAUAUCACUACAGAGCUUGAAAAGUAAAGCUCUGUAGUGCUUUUGAAAAUAAAGUUCUCUGUAUGACAUGUAUUUUGAAUAACAGUUUCUGAAUUAGUUAUAAACAGUAAACAGAAACAAUGUGAUGUGCUGUGAAAUCUUUGCUCUUGGACAAAGUCAGUGGUUUCAAACGUAAAGGGAACGCAUUUAUCAAAACUGAAAGUUAUGUAAUCUUGUUUGGGAUCUUUCACAAGUCCAUACUGGUGAACCAUUUACUCCUUCCCUUAUAUUCGCUAUGGACCUUGACUCUACAGAUAAAGCAGCAAACUUCACCGGCAAGUGUAUGUUUUUCUCGAUUAGUUUGUACAGUUGAAGGUGAGAAGAGGCUACUUCUGGAGAGCUGUAACCAUGGUAUGUUUACAUUAUCCUUAUUUUGUAUGUGUUGGUGCUUGUGUUGGAAAUGAUCGAUUGUGAUGAUCAUCAAAAACUCGUUCAGAGGUAAAUGUAGGAUUUUUCACUUUUAAAGGAAAAUAUUUUUUACUGAAAUUUGCUGCCCUCUGGUGGAAGAUGAAAGCACCUACAUCGAGGAUUCUUGGUUUUGGCUUUGCAAGAGAAUGAUGACGUGGUGGUGCACAAAACAAGAAUAUUUUUACGUUAUUCUCUUUGUUUCUUUAUACACUUGGACCAGCCUGACUGUUUUCUAUAUGCUGAUGAAGAACAGAGGUAUGAGUAUUGCAGUUUGUAGAUCGAGUAUAAUUUGUGACACCUCCAAUCAGUUUAUUCUGAAUAAUUGUAUUUUACGGUUUGACUUUUCAUGCAUAGAAGUUGAAAAAAAAAUCAAUGAAAGCACAGUUAGCUUCUUCAGUUUGUUUUGGCCUUGUCAUGAUAAAGCAAAAGAGGAUUUUGUAAGUAUUGUAUAAAAAGGAAUAUAGAGACUGAUCCUGUGAUUUUAAAUGUCAAAAUAUGACUGCGUUAAUAAUAAAAGUCAAUAAAAUACCACGUUUUCGUCA